AUGGAUGCCAAAGCAGACUCUCUGAUGACUGUGCAUCUUCUUGCCAAUUCGGGAUACUCGUCGCUUCUGCAGCAAACUCUGCAUCAGCUUUUGGGGUGGAUCUGCCCGGACAUUCAGCUUUUCCUGGUGUCUGAGCGAGUUACUCCAUUGAAAUACUACGAGAGACAUUGCAAGAGAAGCUGUGGCUUUCCCGGAAUGUCUGUUCUCCUUUUUCUACAUGAAGACUUGGGAGAAGAACGGAUUUUCCAGGUCCGUGAGCUCUUCCAGCGUCCGCCCUGGCGCUACCAGUGUGCCCAGUUUGCUAAUGGGCAAAGCCACCCCUAUGCCCCAGCUCAGCAGGACUUCUACGGUCUGGACGAGCAGAUGCCCGUGUGGGGCAUCAGGCGUGUGCAUUGCGGCCCCGAAAUCCUGCGUGUCACCCUCUACUGCAGUUUUGAUAACUAUGAGGAUGCGGUGAGACUCUACGAGAUGAUCCUACAGAAAGAAGCAACCGUGCAGAAAAGUAAUUUCUGUGUCUUUGUGCUGUACGCAACCCAAAAUAUUGCUGUGCAGCUCUGCCUGAAGCAGCUGCCCAUUGGGGUGGCUGCUCAGCCCAAGGAGGCAUCAGCCUUGCAGUUCAAAGUGCGAGAGAUCGGGCAGCUGGUGCCUCUCCUGCCUAACCCCUGCAUUCCCAUCAGUAGCACCAGGUGGCAAACGCAGGACUAUGAGGGAAAUACAAUUCUGCUUCAGGUUCAAGACACCUCAAAGCCCUGUGAAACAACUGUUGGGCUUUCCCAUCGGCAUAAUAACACAGGCAAGGGGAAAAUCCCGCAGGACUCCGUCGCAGACCUUCUCCAUGGAAAGUGGGGCAAUCCUGGGCAGAGAAGCCAGAAGGCCAGAGCCACGCUGGUUAGAACAAAAUCUGACCAGAUAGUAGCCCCUACUCCUGAGCAAGCUGGCAGUGACCUCCGCAGGCACCGCUGCUCUUCUCACAGCGGCCCAGCGGCCCCGUUGUGGUGGGAUGCCACCUCCCUCCGCAGAGGGGUACGCAGCAAGCUGCAGGCUUCUCUCCAGGAGAGCCGUGCUCGUCGGCAGGCAGCGGAGACCAACGUCGACACCGGGCUCGCCNGGGCCAGCCCCCCCCUGCCGCCAGCAACCGCGGACGGGGCCGGCAGCGUCCUGCCCUCCCAGGACAGCACCCGGCUGCUGUGUGCGGCAGCCAGACCGGGUAAAGGAGCAGGGCAAAGAGCUCCAGGCUCCCACUCGCAAACACCGCGGGCCAGCCCCGCAAACAGCGCGGAGGAGGAGGAGGAGGAGUUCUUUAUAUGA